AUGACUCCAAAGAGGCCCAUCAUCUGGCAAUCAGGAUCCUCAAACUACUCUCUAAAGGCUGAGGAUGUUCCAAAUCCCCUCAACGGAGCCAAUUGUCAACCAGCACAGGUUCAACUCGCAAGGCCACUUGGCUGUGCUUUUGAAGCUGCAAAAUUGGCUGCUGACCCAUCUAGACCGGCAUUGAGGCCUGGGCUACCCCACGCUGCUGUCACGGUACAACAACAUGAAUCCAGCCCAAAAAACGGCGGCUUUACCCAUCUGGUCACGACCACAUUGUCUUCAUUGGCGGGGACGCAGACAGGCUUGUUGGAUCAGGCGUUGGGCAAGAUUGCGGAAGAGAUUGAGCCCCCGCGGCAGUUGAAAGUCGGCCAGGUCCUUGGGAUCAACCUGGGUAAAAACAUAUGUUUGCCAGCAGAGAUCGGUUGA